CUCUGGCCUCAGCCUUGGCAGCGGCCCGGGAACGGCAGGGGCGGUCCCACCUCUCCACCGCCCAGAACAGGCGCCGGCCAGCCCCCAUCUCCAGACCGCGGCUGUCUGAGGUCCCUUCUGGUCCGCGACACCUGCGCCUCCUCCGCACUUGGUCCUUCAACCCCCACUGUUGCCAUGAGGAUCGCAGUGAUCGGGCAGAGCCUGUUCGGCCAGGAGGUUUACUGCCACUUGAGAAAGGACGGCCACGAGGUUGUGGGCGUGUUCACUGUUCCAGACAAGGACGGGAAGGCAGACCCUCUGGGCCUGGAGGCCGAGAAGGAUGGAGUACCAGUGUUCAAGUUCCCCCGCUGGCGGGCCAAAGGACAGGCUCUGCCCGACGUGGUGGCGAAAUACCGGGCUUUGGGUGCUGAGCUCAACGUCCUGCCCUUCUGCAGCCAGUUCAUCCCCAUGGAGGUGAUCAAUGCCCCCCACCACGGCUCCAUCAUCUACCACCCCAGUCUGCUACCCCGGCACCGAGGGGCCUCGGCCAUCAACUGGACCCUCAUUCAUGGAGACAAGAAAGGGGGCUUUAGCAUCUUCUGGGCGGACGAUGGUCUGGACACCGGGGACCUUCUGCUCCAGAAGGAGUGUGAGGUCCUCCCGGACGACACCGUGAGCACACUGUACAACCGCUUCCUCUUCCCCGAAGGCGUCAAAGGGAUGGUGCAGGCUGUGAGGCUGAUUGCCGAGGGCAAAGCCCCUAGGUGCCCUCAGCCUGAGGAAGGGGCCACCUAUGAGGGUAUCCAGAAGAAGGAAACAGCCAAGAUCAACUGGGAGCAGCCAGCAGUGGCCAUUCAUAAUUGGAUCCGCGGGAAUGACAAGGUGCCGGGUGCCUGGACAGAGGCCUGCGGGCAGAAGCUGACGUUUUUCAACUCAACACUGAUCACUUCAGGCCCGGUAACUGAGGGAGAAGCCCUGCCCAUCCCAGGAGCCCAUCGUCCAGGGCUGGUCACCAAAGAGGGACUCAUUCUCUUUGGGAACGAUGACAGAAUGCUGCUGGUGAAGAACAUCCAGCUGGAGAGCGGCAAGAUGAUCCCGGCCUCGCACCUCUUCAGGGGGGCAGACAGCAGCGCCCUGGAGCUGACAGAGGAGGAGCUGGUCACCGCAGAGGCUGUGCGGGGUGCCUGGAAACGGAUUCUCCCCAAUGUCCCCGAAGUGGAAGACUCCACUGAUUUCUUCAAGUCGGGGGCCGCAUCUGUGGAUGUUGUGAGACUGGUCGAGGAAGUGAAGGAGCUGUGUGAUGGCCUGGAAUUAGAGAACGAAGAUGUUUACAUGGCAACCACCUUCGGGGACUUCAUCCAACUGUUAGUGAGGAAGCUGAGGGGGGAAGACAGAGAGAGCGAGUGCAUCAUUGACUACGUGGAAAAGGCGGUGAACAAGCUGACCCUCCGAAUGCCCCACCAGCUCUUCAUCGGGGGUCUGUUUGUGGAUGCCGAGGGGGCCAAGACCUACGAGACCAUCAACCCCACAGACGGCAGCGCCAUCUGCAAGGUGUCCCUGGCCCAGGUCAGUGACAUUGACAAGGCAGUGGCUGCUGCGAAGGAUGCCUUUGAGAACGGACUAUGGGGGAAGAUCAGUGCGCGGGACCGGGGCCGUCUGCUGUACAGAUUGGCAGACCUCAUGGAGCAGCAUCAGGAGGAGCUGGCCACCAUCGAGGCUCUGGACUCGGGCGCCGUGUACACGCUGGCCCUGAAGACCCAUGUGGGCAUGUCCAUCCAGACCUUCCGCUACUUCGCUGGCUGGUGUGACAAGAUCCAGGGCUCCACCAUCCCCAUCAACCAGGCCAGACCCAACCGCAACCUGUCCCUGACCAGGAAGGAGCCAAUCGGGGUGUGUGGCAUUAUCAUCCCCUGGAACUACCCCCUGAUGAUGUUGGCCUGGAAGACAGCCGCCUGCCUGGCUGCUGGGAACACAGUGGUGAUCAAGCCUGCCCAGGUGACCCCACUCACAGCCCUGAAGUUUGCUGAGCUGACCUUGAAGGCCGGUAUUCCCAAGGGCGUGAUCAACAUCCUGCCUGGAUCUGGCUCGCUGGCCGGCCAGAGACUCUCUGAACACCCCGAUGUGCGGAAAAUAGGGUUCACAGGUUCCACAGAGGUGGGGAAGCGCAUCAUGGAAAGCUGUGCACUGAGUAACCUGAAGAAGGUGUCCCUGGAGCUGGGCGGGAAGUCGCCCCUCAUCAUCUUUGCUGACUGUGACCUCAGCAAGGCGGUGCAGAUGGGAAUGAGCUCCGUCUUCUUCAACAAAGGUGAGAACUGCAUUGCAGCGGGCCGGCUCUUCAUAGAAAACUCGAUUCACGACCAGUUCGUGCAGAAGGUGGUGGAAGAGGUGAGGAAGAUGAAGAUCGGCAACCCUCUAGACCGGGACACCAACCACGGACCGCAGAACCACCAGGCCCACCUACAGAAGCUUAUGGAGUACUGCCAGCGCGGUGUGAAGGAAGGGGCCACGCUGGUGUGUGGUGGGAACCAAGUCCCCCGGCCAGGCUUCUUCUUUGAGCCAACUGUUUUCACGGAUGUGGAAGAUCACAUGUUCGUAGCCAAGGAGGAGUCCUUUGGGCCCAUCAUGAUCAUCUCUCGCUUUGCCGACGGUGACGUGGACACUGUGCUUUCCCGGGCCAACGCCACAGAAUUUGGCCUGGCCUCCGGCGUCUUCACCAGGGACAUCAACAAGGCCCUAUACGUCAGCGACAAGCUGCAGGCAGGCACCGUGUUUGUCAACACAUACAACAAGACCGAUGUGGCCGCCCCCUUCGGAGGGUUCAAGCAGUCUGGAUUUGGCAAAGACCUGGGAGAGGAGGCCUUGAAUGAGUACCUGCGGGUCAAGACAGUUACCUUCGAGUACUGAAGAGAGGCCUCCAGAGGGAAGCCCUGGCCUCCAGAUGUGACCGCGCCCUCCCACCUGAUCUGCCUUCUUGGGGAGCUCGUCAUCCCUCGCCUCCUCUCGCCUCUGAAGCCCUGGUGUCAGCCCCUUGCCUGCUUCCCCGCCAUCCCCAUCAGGGACACCCCUAUCCUGUCUGAUCACAGCAUCUUUUGGUGGGUGAGAAAGUGGCCUCAGGGCCAAUAAAGGUCCUGACCAGCA